GAGACGUGACAGCAGGCUAAUUAAGCUAAGCGGCACAUCCAUGGAGGUCAAGGCGGUCGCCGUGGCGGCGGCGAUGGUGGUGGUGGCGGCGUUGCUGGCGCCGGCGGCGGGGCAGGCGGUGGCGGCGUCGUGCACGGCGUCGCUGAUCACGAGCUUCACGCCGUGCUUCAACUUCGUGACCGGGAGCAGCGGCGGCGGCAACGGGACGGCGGGGAGCACGCCGACGGCGGACUGCUGCCGGUCGCUGGCAGCGCUGAUCGACACGAGCGCCGGCUGCGCCUGCCUCGUGCUCACCGGCAACGUGCCGCUCGGCAUCCCCAUCAACCGCACCCUCGCCGUCACCCUCCCCAGGGCCUGCAACUCCAUGUCCGUCCCCCUCCAAUGCAAAGAUACUUCAGCUCAGAUUCCAGGCGCAGGAGUACCCGUUGCAGUUUCUCCGGCUCUGCCACCACUGCCGCCAAGUCCGCCGGCGACACCUGAGGCCGGGUCGCCGACGACGUCGCCGGCGGUGCCGGCGGCCACGCCGCCGGCGACGAGCCAGACGCAGACGAGGCCGCAGGUGGUACCCAGCUCGGCAUGGAUGGCCGCCGCCCGUCUGCCUGCGUUUCUGCUGCUGCUACCUGCUGUGCUGUUCUGAAGUCUCUGAACUUCUGAAUCAGAUCAUUGUUUGGGUUCAUUGACCCAGCAAUUAGAUGUGUUGAUAUGAUAUUUUUUUUUGUGGCGUGUUUGACAGUUUCAGUGUCUCUGUUGUUGUUGUUGCUUGAUUAAUUACUGUAGGAGAGAGUUUGUGUACGGAUUAGUAGCAUUGUUUACCAGUGGCUUGGGUUAUUUGUUGUACUGAAAUUCCAUUCAUUUUGUGGAAAUUCAUGAGCUGGAUUAUUGGUUGUAUUGGAAUUCCAUGCUAUAUUAUAAGAUGUUUUUU